AUGAUCAACACUAUGUCUUACUACUACACACCAGCCACCGACUACGGCUAUGCUUACAAUGGCACCAAUCCUGUAGGAAGACAGGCCUCUCCGCCAUCGCAGCCACAAUACUACUACGAGGCUAAGCAGUUGCCAAGCAUCUUGUUGCCCAACCCUAGCGAAUACCAACCGUUGUACCAGAAGCAACUGCAAAAGCAACAGCAACAACAGGCCCAGGGAAGCAACCCUGCAGUGGGACACCCAGUCACCUCGCCCUACCUGCACCCACAACAUCUUCAACAACAACCACAGUACCUCUCGCAAAACGUUCAAUUGCAACAACAGCAACAGCAACAGCCACAACAGCAACAGCAACAACAGCUGCAACAACGCAUUGGAUAUCCUAUCCAAUACAGCUCAUAUGGAAAGGACCAAUUGCAGACUGGUUACCAAAUCCCGCUUUCCCCUGCUUCGUUGGAUUUGGAUGCUAGACACAGUCAAUCUUCAGCUGGUACGUCGAAAAGCAACUCCAUCGACUACUCCUCCAUCGUCUCAUCUACCCUCUCUGCAAAGCGCAGCAAGAGAAAGUCCAAGAACCUUCUUAUGAGCAACAACGAUGAUACUUUACAACAACAGUUCCCAUGCCCCAAGUGCACUAAAGUCUUCCAGAAGCCAUACAACCUCAAGUCACACAUGAAAACGCAUUCAGACGAAAAGCCUUACGUGUGUAAAGUCUGUGACAGAAAGUUUGCUCGUUCUCACGACAAGAAGCGUCACGAAGCACUCCACGGCGGUGAAAAGAACUUCAAAUGUGAAGGUUUGUUGAAGGACGGAAGCACCAAAUGGGGAUGUGGUAAGAAGUUUGCUAGAAGCGACGCAUUACUGAGACACUUCCGUACUGAAACCGGAUGGCUCUGCAUUAAGCCAUUAAUGGACGAGGCCAAAGAGAACGACAAUAGAAACUCUGCUGUUAAUGCAACUCUCCAACAACAUGGUCUUGUUCCAAUGGGUAUUUCGGGCCCACAGCAAUCCCAACAGCAAGCUUACAUGCCACUUCCAAUUCCACAUUACGAGGCUCCAUCGUUGAUGGACAACUCUAAUUUUAUCAGGAAGUUGGUGAAUAACAAGUAUUGA